UCCAACGUUCUCUUCCCAUUUCCCUUCUUCUCUACCAUCGCCACCUUUCUCUGCCAUAACAAAUCUCCCAUUUCUCAAUUUCUCGACUUCGCAUUCCCAUCGCCGAUUGCGAUUCCCGGUUUCGCUCUCUGGGGGCGCCGAGGAGGAAAAAUGCUGGAACGCUUCUUGAAUCCGCGGCGGGCGUGUCAUGUCCGGCGACUUCUCCGCAACUGUAAAAUAACCCUCUUCUGCCUCGUCCUCACCGUCGUCGUCCUACGUGGCACCAUCGGCGCCGGAAAAUUCGGGACCCCCGAGCAGGACCUGAAGGAGAUUCGCGACACGCUCACGUAUUACCGAAAACUCACCGAGCCGCGCCGCGUCCUGGAAGAAUCGCGACGCGCCACCGUGUCCUCCGGCUACGACGACUCCGGCGGCGCCAAAACCUACAAUGGCUUCGACAUAACCAAGAUUAUGGUGGAUGAAGACGACGGGGAGCCUGAAAUCAAGCGGGAUCCGACCCAGCCGUAUAGCCUCGGGCCGAAGAUCACCGAUUGGGAUCGGCAGAGAGGGCUAUGGUUGAGGAGAAAUCGAGAUUUCCCCAAUUUUCACCGGCGGAAUAAGCCUAGGGUUAUGUUAGUUACCGGGUCGUCACCGAAACCGUGUGAGAACCCGAUAGGGGAUCAUUACUUGUUAAAGUCGAUUAAGAACAAGAUUGAUUAUUGUAGGUUACACGGGAUUGAGAUUUUCUAUAAUAUGGCUCUUCUUGACGCAGAAAUGGCCGGAUUUUGGGCAAAACUCCCAUUGAUUAGAAAGCUUAUGUUAUCCCACCCUGAAGUUGAGUUCUUUUGGUGGAUGGACAGUGAUGCCAUGUUUACAGACAUGGCUUUUGAGUUGCCAUGGGAGAGGUAUAAAGAAUACAACCUAGUAAUGCACGGUUGGGAUCAUAUGGUGUAUGGAGAUAGGAAUUGGGUUGGAUUAAACACUGGUAGCUUUUUGCUGAGAAAUUCCCAAUGGUCACUGGACAUUCUUGAUGAAUUGGCCCCAAUGGGGCCAAAAGGGAAGAUUAGGGAAGAAGCAGGGAAAAUCCUGACAAAAGAGCUUAAGGGGAGGCCAGUUUUUGAGGCUGAUGAUCAAUCUGCAAUGGUGUAUUUGUUGGCAAGCCAAAAGGAAAGAUGGGGGGCUAAGGUGUAUUUGGAGAGCGCAUAUUUCUUGCAUGGUUAUUGGGGGAUAUUGGUGGAUAAGUAUGAGGAAAUGAUGGAGACUUAUCACCCUGGGUUUGGUGAUCAUAGGUGGCCAUUGGUUACACACUUUGUGGGGUGCAAGCCUUGCUUGAAGUUUGGGGAUUAUCCCGUCGAGAGGUGCUUGAAACAAAUGGAUCGCGCUUUCAACUUCGGGGACAACCAGAUCCUGCAGAUGUAUGGAUUUAUGCAUAAGUCUCUCGCGAGUAAGCGAGUGAAGAGGAUUCGGAACGAAACUAGCAAUCCCCUUGAUACGAGGGACGAAUACGGGUUGCUUCAUCCGCCCUUCAAGGUAUAGCUUACUAGCUAGCACACACAUUUAGAUAGAGAUCAGAUAGAGAGAUAUGCCUUAUAUCAUACAUUCCACAAUAUCAGUUUUUACCUUUAACCAGUUUCUUGUCCCUUAGCUUGCUGUAGAUUGUUUAAUGGUGUUUUAGAUGCAGUUUCACAUAACACAAGUAGUGUCAAAUUCUCAACUUUUUUUCCCAGCAAAACUAUGAUGUCUGUAUACAUUUGGAAGUUUGAAGAAUGGGAAACAGUAAAAUGGAUGUGGUUUUCUCCCACUUA